AUGGACUUACCAACUAGCGAGCUUGAUGCCACCUGGACCAAUUCCAAGUCUGUGGAUCUGACUAGGGAAAGACCACCUGAUUGCUUUACGACUCGCGCGGUGCGAAUAAACAAGUGCGAUGAUGUUAUGAAUCUCUACACCACAAAGGCAAUCAACAACUGGACAGCAGCAAUGUGCGACGAUGCAGACCGUAAAGUUGGACAUGCUUUCUCAUCAGUGGGGAAUGUAUCUAGCUUUAUUUUUCCCGAGUGCUCGCCAGAUAAGGCACAUAUCCUGGCAUACUUCACACAGGUUUCAUUCAUACAUGACGAUGCAUUAUCCUCAAAAGAUUCCAAGGAAGAGAACAAACAUCUAUCCCAUGCGCUAGACCCCAAGGACAACAACCCGGGCACGUCGGAAAGGGGAAAAGCCAUGAAGAAGUUCCUUUCACAGACAGUUCUUGAACUGAUUGAUAUGGAUACCAAUGAAGGCCAGGAAUUUGUUAAGAAUCUCAAAGUUUGGGCUGAUGACGAAAUUGGGUUGAAAAAUCCCCAAACGAUUGAAUGUGUUGACGAAUACCUCCACUUUAGGCGACUUAACGGAGGGAUAAAGGCAUAUUGGCAUUGGUUGGCAUUCUCUCACGAGGAUAGAUUCACGCAAGCAGAUUGGGAUUCGAUAGAAGAUCUUCUGAAAUCCGCCAACAGGGUCUUUAUAUUGACAAAUGACUACUUCAGUUGGCCACGGGAGCGUCUUUAUGGCCAGGGAAGGAUUGCAAAUGUGAUCGAGUUCUAUAUGAGAACCGAGGGUCUUUCUGAGGAAGAAGCCAAGCAGAGAACAAAGGAGGAGAUCCUGCAAGGCGAACAUCUUUUCCACAACAUGUGUGUUGAACGAUUCGCACGAGAGCCGAACCUUCCUCGUCAUGUAAAGAAAUUGCUCCAGGUUGCUGAGGUAGCUAUGGGUGGAUAUAAUUACUGGGCGUCGACAUGUCCUAGGCUGAACUCCUGGAAAGAGCAGGCUCCAACUGCAGAGACUGAUUUCCAUGGAUCAAAAAACGACGAAGUUUCAAAUCCUACAGGAAAGGCUGAGCUUGUCAAGCCAGUUAAGACAAACCAAACUUCCGGCAAAAUUCAAGCGAUUACGAAAGUUCAGUCUCUACCUUCAGUAUCCCAUUUCACAUGUACAUCUGAUUUGGAUGACUCGGCUCUCCUCGCUCCAGCUCAUUACGUGGAGUCUCUGUCAUCAAAGAACGUGCUUUCAAAACUUGUCGAAGCAUUCAACGUCUGGAUGCAGGUGCCCCCUAAGCCAUUGGCAGCAAUUAAGCAUGUCCUCGAUGAUCUACAUAACUCUUCCCUAAUCCUGGACGACAUCCAAGACAACUCACCACUCCGACGAGGGAGAACGGCGACCCAUCUCAUCUUCGGACCUGCGCAAUCAAUCAACAGCGCCACAUACAUGUUUGUCAAAGCAGCUCAAACAGUAGACGCCCUGGGUACUCCUCAGAUGAUGACCGCCUUUUUGCAGGGGCUUGAGACGCUCUUCAUUGGUCAGAGCUGGGAUAUAAGCUGGAGACAAAGUUUUCAUUGUCCCACGGAAUCCGAAUACCUCAGUGCGGCGGACAAGAAGACUGGUGCCUUGUUGACCAUGAUGGUUGAGCUUAUGCAAUGCAACGCCAAAACACUGCCCUUUUCAUAUCGACUUUCACCCUUAGCCCGACUUUUCGGCCGAUGGUAUCAGGUCCGCGAUGACUACAUGAACCUCCAAGGGGCAGAUUAUUCGAAACAAAAGGGCUUCUGCGAAGAUCUCGAUGAGGGCAAAUUGUCCUACCCAAUUCUCAAGUGCUGCCAAAAGAGUGAGACAAAUAAGGGCAUUAUUCUCGGCAUAUUCCGACAAAUGCGAAUGACAAACACGAAGAUGAUGCGUGAGAGCAAAUUGCAUAUUUUGGACCUCAUGUCGAGUGCUAGAGCUCUGGAGGAUACAUUCGAUUAUCUUCAGCAGCUGCAACAGGAAAUUGAACGUGAUAUCCGAGAGAUAGAGGUCUUGGCAGGCGAAUCUAAUCCAGAGUUAUUGCUCUUGGUGAAAGUCUUAGGGGCGAUUCCCAAGCCUGGUAAGAAGGGGCAUUGA